UCGAUCUGCGUACCAUAAAUCACUGGUCCUGUUUUUUAAUAGAAUUCAUUACAACAUCAAAACCUUAACCGGCAAAUAUGUCAACCUCCGCCACUCAGGUUGCCACGUCAAAGAGAAGGAAAAAACUCUACUUUGCCCUCUUUGCUUCACUCUUAAUUAUCACAGCCAUAGUUACCAUUGCUGCCGCCGUAUCCUCCAGGAACAAAUCCACUCUCAUCAAUGACAAAAUAGCUGCUCAUCCUGUUGUCAAGUCCUCCUGUGGCCUCACAUUUUACCCGCACCUUUGCUUCUCAGCACUGUCAACAGUUCCUGAUGCUGCAGCUAAGAUCACCUCACCGAAAGAUGUGAUAGAAAUGUUACUUGACAUCACUAUAACUGCAGUCCAGAAAAAUUACUUCAGCAUCAAGAAGCUCACUAGCACUCGUUCAGGCAGACUAACAAAACGUGAGAAAGCUGCUCUACAUGAUUGUCUUGAAAUGGUGGAUGAAACUCUUGACGAGCUUCACAAAAUAAUAGAGGAGCUCCAGGAGUAUCCGGCUGUUAACAAAUCCAUAUCCCAACAAGCGGCGGAGCUCAAAAUCCUGUUGAGUGCCUCCAUGACAAACCAAGAAACUUGCCUCGACGGGUUCUCUCACGAUAAGGCUGAUAAAGAGGUUCGUAAAGCAUUGAUAGAGGGUCAAGAACAUGUCUUUAAAAUGUGCAGCAAUGCACUAGCCAUAGUAAAAAACUUGACUGACAGUGAUGUAGCCAAAGAGGUCGAGACUUCAGGGAGACAUCUCGGGGAGGUUGAAAAUGAAAAGGGGUGGCCUGAAUGGUUAUCAGCCGGAGAUAGGAGGCUGCUGCAGGCCACAACAGUGACUCCUGACGUUACUGUGGCUACUGAUGGGAGCGGCGACUACCUGACGGUGUCGGAGGCUGUGGAGGCUGCGCCAGAAAGCAGUAGCACUAGAUACAUUAUAAAGAUUAAAGCAGGGGCUUACAGAGAAGAUCUGGAAAUACCCACGAAGAAGAUUAAUUUGAUGUUUAUAGGAGAUGGGAGAAUUAACACUAUCAUUACUGCAAGUAAAAAUGUAGUUGAUGGGAGCACAACGUUCAAUUCAGCCACUGUCGCUGUAGUCGGGACCGGGUUCUUGGCGAGGGACAUAACUUUUCAAAAUACAGCAGGGCCAUCGAAGCACCAAGCAGUGGCGCUACGUGUAAACGCAGAUCUUUCAGCAUUUUACAGAUGCGGCUUUAUAGCAUACCAAGACACCCUUUACGUCCACUCCCUUCGCCAGUUUUUUGUGAAUUGCUAUGUAGCAGGCACAGUGGACUUCAUCUUCGGAAAUUCAGCAGUUGUUAUUCAAGACACCGACAUUCAUGCUCGCCGCCCAAAUGCCGGCCAAAAGAACAUGGUCACCGCACAAGGGCGAGACGACCCGAAUCAAAACACAGGCAUAGUGAUCCAAAAAUGCAGAAUUGGUGCAACUUCAGAUCUACUUCCUGUAAUUGACGAGUUUCCAACGUAUUUGGGUCGGCCGUGGAAGGAGUAUUCGAGAACAGUUAUAAUGCAAACUGAAAUCAGUGAUGUGAUAAACCCAGCUGGGUGGUUCGAGUGGAGUGGGGAUUUCGCACUUGACACAUUGUUCUAUGCAGAGUAUGCAAACACAGGCCCUGGUGCGAACACAUCAAAUAGAGUGACAUGGAAAGGGUACAGGGUUAUUACUGAUGCAAGUGAGGUGGAAAUGUUUACAGCUGAGAAUUUUAUUUCUGGGGAUAGUUGGUUGAACUCCACAGGUUUUCCUUACAGUCUUGGUCUCUGAAGUCAUAUUAUUGCUUAAUUAGCAGCCCAUCCCCAUCCCCCUUGGUAAGAAAUAAUAAUUGUGGUUUAAUGAGAAUAACGUUAGAAUUUUUCGAAAA